AUGACGGUCCGUCUAGCUCCGGAUCUGAAGUUCAACGCUCGACUCUCUGUCGUCGAACUGGACCACAUGCGUUGGACAUGGUUAGCUUCGUUUGACACCCCACCCGUGCGGCUCUCCAAUCAGGAUGAAAGUCCUAAUCACGCGUCCAACCUUGUUCUUAUCAACGCCUUUUGGAAGCCUGUGUCACGGUCCUGGACCAAUUGUCACUAG